AUGUCGUCAAGCGAACUACCGAUUGCAUUUGUCCAUGCGAGCGAUAUCGUCCCUGCCACUAUUGCUCUGUCAAUCUCGGGAAUUAUCGUAGUGCUUCUGCGGUUCUGGGUCCGAGUAUCUCACAAGAUGGGUGUUCGCAUGGACGACUGGCUGAUACUUGCAGCACUGGUAUUUGUCGUGGCCAUGGCUGUAGUGUCAUUGUAUGGAGUAUCGCGGCAAGCUGUGGGCUACCCUUCCGAAGAGCUCUCUCCGCAAGAGCAGUUGACAUCGCUUACCCCGGAGCAACGGCUCGUAGAGCUCACUUAUUGGCUUUCAUCGGUGCUCAUGCUACCGGCGACCGGGUCUGUCAAAUUGAGCACCUUGUACCUGUAUCGUCGAAUUUUUCCAGUGGAGACGAUGCCUGCAUUCAAUAUUCUUUCGAAUCUUUCGGUCGUGGUGUGCGCUCUUUGGACAAUCGCCUUUUUCUUCUCGAGGGUAUUUGGAUGUGGAAUACAUCUCCAAUGCUCAUGGGCUUCCUUUGCGGAGAUCAGCACCUGCUGCACAGAUAAAUUCCUCAACCAAGAUGUGCUCAUGAUCUCAGAUCUCAUCACAGAUGUAUUGAUCUGGCUUCUUCCUAUUCCCGUGGUAAGAGUGUUUGAGCACGAAGUGUGGGGCUUGAAUAUCAGUACCCACCGUAAGCUGGGCGUUGUUGCAAUCUUCCUCCUGGCCGCCUGUUCCCUCGCAGCGGCAGUUGUGCGGCUUUUGAUCCAGCUCGCAAUUCACAAAAAAGGGUUUACAGCUCGCACAAAUGUCAAUCGUCAGUGUUGGUACACGUCGAGCUCAAGCUACAAACAGCUGACAAGAAUCAGUGACAUUAUCGACGAGCUUGUACUGGCAGUUCAUCGAGGCUGCCAUCGCCCUGAUCGCAUGUUGCUUGCCGAUGAUGCCUCUGUUCUUCAAGUUGACAUCCAUUUCGAGAGGCUUUAGCUCAUUGCGGUCCAAGCUCAGUAUGACUUCGAUGAACUCUCCACAGACGGAAAUACACG